AUGCCAGUCCCUAUUGCUGAGGAGAUGCAGCCGGAUCUGCAUCUCAAUCAGCUCGAAGCCGUGGGCAAAGCCUUCGAUGCCCUACUACUAACCCUUUACCGGCUUACCAACAGAAACAAUGAACUCAAGCUUUAUACCGAGGAAGUCUUCAAACAGUACACCAAUGUCACCAGACAGUUGCCUCCUCAAGAUAGACCUCAUGCUAUGGAGGUUCAGCAAAGGUUAUUGGAUCAACAGAAAGAAUUGUGUCUAGGCCUUGUGCACAACAAACCUCGAAUCGAAGAGCAGUCGCUGAAUUCCAUGCAUGUAAUCAAGACACUCGUUUCACACCAAAAUGUAGACGAAACCGCCACUCGGGCCAUUGUGGCCGGGGUUAAGGGAUAUAAGGCUCUGCUCCGUACUCAAGAUGGCCUCUCCCAAAUGUCCUCCACCAACUCAUGCAUGUUCGUGCGUGGUCCAGAUCCUGUGUAUCUGGAGGAAGACUUCACCACCAACGGUGCACAAGGUAGUCUGCACUGCCCAUUCUCCAAACCUAAGGCAUCAUCAGGAAGUGAUGCGCCGGACGGGAUGGGUGAUAGUCCCAAAAUCCAAGUCGAUACAUGUGGACACGAGAACCUGGACCCUAUCAAGGCCGAACAAGAUGAGCGACGGUCCAGUACGACGCCGUCUGUCCGAACCUCCGGUAGCCAUUGCCCUGUCUCCCGAUGCCCGAUUCGAUAUCUGGACAAACAUUCGCCGGAAGAAAUCGCCGAGUAUGUGGAGAGACACAAGCAUGAAAUCCCCCGAAGCCAUGCCAUCUGUGUGAAGCGAUACCAGAGAGACCCCCAGAAUAUGCGACAGCUGGAUGCAAAAUAUGGUGGGUUAAUCAAUAUGAUCAGUGGUCUUUCGGCCAAGCACCAGGCCUUCCUGCCAGGUCGAGAUGCAAAUGGUGAAGGCGAUGGUCAGACCACAUCUGUGUCCACCGAGAGAAUUGAGAAAUGGGCAGAGAAUCUGCACCCAGCCAACCCUGGACCUCCACUCCCUCCACCCCCUCCACCAGAUGAGAAUGAUCCGAAUGGGAACGUGAGUGGGAACGAGAAUGAUGAUGACGGUCGCCAGGGCCGCUUUGACCGUCCUCUCCGCGAAGUGCGCUUGGGUGAAUCCCCGAGCCGACCUUGGGGUAUUCCUGUGCCCAUCGCCCAGCAAACCAGUGCCUCGCUACCCUUCUCCGGAUCAGUACCUGGCCCUAUGUCUCCUGAAUCUCAUGUUGAGAAACCACUCACCGAUGCGCCAGCCAAGCCGGUCGGUCGCUGUCCAUUUGGACAUGGUGCCCCUAAGCCCGAAGUGGCUGAACAGGCUCCAAUCGCCCCUCCUGUUACCGCCGCCCCCGAUCUCGAACGCCCUGUAUCACCCCUGUCUAACUGGGCCAAACAUGCCCAGGCUGCUCAAGCCGAUGCAGGCGCCCCGAAGCCUGAAGAUGCCACGGCGAAGACAGACGCAAAUCCCAUGCCGUCUCAUGUCACGUUCAAUGGACCGGUGUUCUUCGGGUACUCUGCUGAGCAGACGGCCAGCUUGAUGCAACAGCUGCGUAACAUGGGGGCACAAUCAUAA